UUCACAUGAUCGUGACACGUAGUGAUACAGCGGUGAACAGCUACAGUAUAGUACAGUACAGUACUAAACAAAGACUUCUAUAAUUGACAAAAAGAAGAGAGAAUAAUGAGCUCUACAGUGAGAUUAAGCAUAAAGGCAGCCAAUGGCUCUGUCAGUGACUACAGUGUGGAGGCACAGAGUGACUGGACUGUCCACCAGUUAAAGAACUAUCUCUACAGACACUACCCCACCCACCCACCCCUCACUAGUCAGAAGCUCAUCCAUGCUGGCAGACUGUUACUAGACUCUCAGACUAUAGGCCAAAGCCUCCCUUCCAGUGGUGUGGACCCAGUGGUGGUUCAUUUAGUGGCGUAUGAGCGCUCCCACUCGAGCCCUGUGUUCAGUAAAGAGGAGGAGGAAGAGGAGACCAAAAGCACGGAGCCUGUUAGUAGGCAACCAUCACUCAAUACAGUACAAGAGGAGAGCAACCAACCUGAUCAACAUAUUCACUCCCAGGAGCAGGAUACGCCGGGACCACGCCCCCAGCUGAGGCACAGAGGUGGGGCACACCCCCUAGUGACGGGACUUCCCCCUCAGUUUUAUAUGUCACCCUAUGGAGCGGCCUAUGCUAACCAAGCGUAUGCUAACCAAAUGGCCCUCUGGUAUCAAGCAUACUACAGACAAGCCCCGCCCACUACCCUGGAAGAAAGAGGGGUGGACAACAACGUUGACCUGCUCAACCGUGAAGAGGGUGGUGUGGAGGUGGAGGAUAACGUCCCAGUGAAUGCUGCAGGGGGUGCUGCUGGUCUCGGUAUGAUGGCCGGAGGAGGAGGGGGAGGGGGAGGGGGGAACAGGCGAGACCUUGUGGAUGUCCUCUAUAUGACAACCAUGUUUGGGUUUCUUGGACUUGUGGCUUACCUUACUGGCUCUCUAGGGAGACUCAUGGUGUUUGCUGGAGGAAUAGUUUUUGUUUUGCUGAACCAAGGUGGUUGGUUUUCUGUGAGACGUCGAAGACAAGCUGCUCCGGUGGAGGAAGUGAACCCUCUCAACAGACCUGAGCAAGUAGCGGCAGGAGAGAGACAAGAACAACAGGUACCUCAAGAAGCUGCACCACCGGAAGCCACACAGCCACAGCCACAAGAACUACAAGACCAACAGAGACAAGGAAUACUAGCGACUAUGUUUGUAUUUGUUACCUCAUUUUUUACAUCCCUUGUACCUCACCAGAGACCAGAACUGCAAGCCAAUUAAUUAAGCCAUUUGCUAACAUGUGCAUUGCAUUGUCAGUUGUGUUAUUCAUCGACAGUUAAUGAUGAAGUUAAUGAUAUUCAUUGAGACUAA